UCAGUUCAAUCGAAUUUUGAAACGCGCCAAGUCGAGAUCGAGCUGAGAAAAAAUGCCGCUACGGAAGAAAGAGGAAUAUAUACCCAUUAAGUGUGAGGGCUGGAACGGGAAAUUCGUGUAUCCCGAUGGAGCUGUGAAUAAUGUGUCCAAGAUACGUCGCCAGAAUCAGAACGUGACAAAUACAAACAAUUUCUAUGGCUAUAAUACGGAACCGAUUGUCCUGCCGACGGCUUGGGAUGGCACCUUUGUGAAGAGCGGCGAGACACGCACUAAGCCUGAACGAAAUCGUUCCGAUGAUCAGGACUAUUUCGAAUAUAAUACGGAUCCGACCAUAUUGCCAACGACUUGGAGUGGUGAAUUCGUCAACGAUCCGAACGAUGUGCGCAUCAAGCCGGAGCGAAACUUCUCCGAUCCGAGGGAUUAUGCCGAGGCCAAUCGCUUCAAGUUGGUGCAGUGAGACGGGCAGGAGGAAAUGGAUAUUGAAAGUGAAUUGUGAAUGUUUUGUAUUGUACUAACAGAGCUUUUUAUGAGAUCUAUUAUCCUAUCUGAUCUUCACACUAAUCACAAUCUUGAUAAAUUUCAUGUUCUCUUGAGUUUUGCAUUGAAAUUAACAUAAGCGUUGUAUUUGAGUUAUUUAUUUUUAUUUUUAAUAAAAAACAAUUGUGAAAUGACACAAAAAUAAAAA